CUCACUUCCGGUGUAGAACUUCCGGAGACAAUCGUAGUUCGAAUUUACUCUGACUCUAACCGAGACGUAAUAAUAGACCAGUGCAUAACGCGUGAACCGACAAUGACGAUUUGUUUUGUGUUUGGGUGUAAUCACCAGGGAUUACGGCGAACAUGCAAGAUGUUUAGAUUCCCAUCCAGUGCCGGGUUGUCAACGAAAUGGGAAAAACUAUGCAGACGUAAGGACAGAGCCGUAGUGUUGCAGAGUGACAGGAUCUGCAGCUGUCAUUUUGUGGAUGGGGACAAGAAUAAUGGCCCAACCAUUUUUCCAUGGAGUUGUGGGAAACUGUUUGAUUUUCCUGAUCCAACCAAAAUAAAUAGAACUGAGAGAAAAGAAAAUCAGAAGAUGGCUGUUUCCAGCACAUCCACAUCUGCAUUAUCAGCCAUGCAUUGUGCAUCAUCUAUGGAUUCAACAUCUGCACACAUAAAUCUGGAUCACAGUUACCAGACUUCCUAUCAUCAUUUAAAGGAAGAGAAUCAGAACCUGAGGCGCGAGGUUGAGGAAUUAAGAAUACAAAUCAGAAUGAUGUCCAUGAAGCGAGCGUUCAGAAUUGGCGAUAUCAUAGAUGACGAGAGAAAGGUACGUUUCAGAUAUCAUGAGUAGUACAUGUAUUAAAAAAAAUGGACAUUCGUCAUUAUCAGAUUAUUGAUACAUGCACGUCAAUAUUUAGUGUUUGAAGUUAUGAACACUGGUAGGAAUGCAUAGUUCAAUGCUAUAUUUAAGUUUUAUAUACCUUGAUGAGAUAUUAUUUACAGAUCUUCUGAUUUUAUCAUUGAACACGAUACUUUGUGAGGCAUUUCUUUUUCAGUUUAUAUUUUGAUAACGGGCCUACUGCUGGACAGUUCAUCAGCCUGUGAAAAAUGACGGAAAUAGUAGAACAAAUGCUCUGCCAGGAAAGAAUAUCAUACUGCUUAUGUUUUGUACAAUGGGUUAUUAAAAUGCUGCUGGACAGCAUUUUCGUUUAUCAGAAACAAGUCUGUUUUUAAAACAAAAUGUAAAAAAUAAAAAGAAAUAUAUCUUCAACACAAUGUGUUUCACUGUCAU